GUCUCUACUUCCUCCUAUCGGUCUUUUCCAACCCUGCGCUCGCAGCCAACAGACCUCGGCCGAUUCUUUUUUUUUCUGCGUUGCGUGCAAACAGACCGACAUAAUGAAGCUCAACGUUUCCUAUCCCGCGACGGGAUGCCAAAAGCUGUUCGAGGUGGUCGACGAGCACAAGCUGCGUGUCUUCUACGAGAAGCGUAUGGGCCAGGUUGUUGAGGCCGACAUCCUCGGAGACGAGUGGAAGGGCUACCAGCUGCGCAUCGCCGGCGGCAACGACAAGCAGGGAUUCCCCAUGAAGCAGGGUGUCCUGACCCACGGUCGUGUGCGUCUGCUCCUGAAGAAGGGACACUCGUGCUACCGCCCACGCCGCACUGGCGAGCGCAAGCGCAAGUCUGUGCGUGGAUGCAUCGUGGACGCCAACAUGUCCGUGCUGGCUCUGGUCGUGCUGAAGAAGGGUGAGCAGGACAUCGCCGGUCUGACCGACACCACCAUCCCCCGUCGCCUGGGACCCAAGCGUGCCAGCAAGAUCCGCAAGCUCUACAACCUGAGCAAGGAUGACGAUGUGCGUCGCUUCGUGGUGCGUCGCCCCCUGCCCGCCAAGGACAACAAGAAGGCCACCUCCAAGGCCCCCAAGAUCCAGCGUCUGAUCACACCCGUUGUGCUGCAGCGCAAGCACCGUCGCAUUGCGCUGAAGAAGAAGCGCCAGACCGCUUCCAAGGAGGCCGCCGCCGACUACGCCAAGCUGUUGGUCCAGCGCAAGAAGGAGUCGAAGGCCAAGCGCGAGGAGGCCAAGCGCCGCCGCUCCGCCUCCAUCCGCGAGUCCAAGAGCUCCAUCUCGAGCGACAAGAAGUAAAUGCCGCCGACACGGAAACCACAUUCUUUGUUUAAGCUGAAACUGAACGUAGACCACAUCCCCCCCUCCACACUUGGUCAUGGUCUACGAGAGGAGAGAAAGAAACUUUGUAAUCAUUUAUGUUAAAUAAAUGUGAAAAAAUGGUA